AGGAGACGCUCGUCCUCCAUGCAACAAACCCGUUCUUGAAGCCCCCUGCGUGCAACACCGGAAGCACGCUGCCUUCACUUCCACACGUGCCCGACGGGAGGAUCCUUCUGCGUGAGAGGAUUCGACCUUCUACCUUUCCUUCCAUAUUUAUUCUACCUUGAGAGGAUCUUACACCCGGCGCUGGACCAUAAAAAGACGAAGGAGAAGGAUUGACGAGACGAGAGAAAAGGAGACACAGCAACCACAACCGCUUCCCAACAACCAACGAAAAUGAAAUCUCAGGUUUUUGAAGUCGCUGCGGUCGUGCUGGCGGCGAUGGUCGUGUCAUGCUCCGCCCACAGCAUCGGUUUCGGGGCGUGUCCUAAGCUCAAGGGCAUGAAGAACUUCGAGCCAGGCAAGUUCGCAGGUUUCUGGUACGUCAUCGAGGUGUACAGUACGUUCAGUCGCUGCCUGACCCUCGACUUCGCCCGCAUAAGCAAGGACGACUUCAAGGUGACGGAGGGCAAAGAGUACGCCGUAGCCCAAUUCGUCGGAAUCGAACACGUCUUCUCGAACACGGGGAUCUAUGCCUCGAGAGCGCCCAAGGAGCCCGCCAAAUUUGAAGUCAAGUGGUCCAAUAACCUCCUCGGUACAGCUGACGGCACCAUCAUAAACACAGACUACGAACAGUACGCGGUCGUGUUGGAAUGCCAGCGCGUCUUUUACUUCAUGAAGAGAACGUCAGCCGCGAUUCUCAGCCGGAGUCGGAAGCUGGAUUAUGAAAUUAUCAGGAAACUCAAGCAGGACCUGUGCAAGACCUACAACCUGAACAUCCAGAACUUCGAGGCGGUGAGCCAGGACCGGUGCGCCACCACGCCCCAGGACACCGCCCACCAGAAGAGGAUGAGUCUCAUGGGCGGCAAUGGCAGGGUCUCCGGUUUCGCCCAAUACCCGCCCACGAUCCUCUCCUCCCCCAGGAACACGACGAAGCCACAGCCGACGAAGCCAGCUGUCCUAAAAAGCCUUCAGCCUUCCCGACCAUCCGGGACGAAGCCUCAGCCGACACGACCCACCCCUGCGAAGAAGCCACAGCCUGGGAAGCCUACUCCCGCGCCGAAGCCUCACGUCCCGAGCAACUCUUCCUCGACGAAGCCCCCUCCCCUUCGGCCAACCCCCGGCAGGAAACCCGAGUCCCUCCGGCCGAGGAAUGCCACUUCGUCCAAGCCUCCGACCAAGAGACCUGCGCCGACGAGGAAGCCGCCGGUUUCGAAAAACUCGGGUACAACGAAGCCUCAGCCUCGGAAGCCCACUGCUGCCACGCCCUCCAAAGCCACCACGCCGAAGCCAGCGAAGUCUCAGCUUGCUAAACCAACCCCGGCGAAGCCCUUGGCCAAGAACGCCUCCCGCCCUCCCCCUCGACCUCCCCUACCCACCGCCCCGACGAAGCCCGGGGCCAGGACUCCCCAGGCCCCCCCAAGCACAAACCAACCGCCGAAGGGAGGCAAAGCCAAGCCCCCGAGGCCGCCCCCGCCUACCCGGAAGGCCUCCCCACCACGCCCCUCGAAGCCUACAACCCCAAGGACGACCCCGCAGCCGCCACGGGCCUCGUCCACGCAGAAGGCCUCCGCGAGACGACGAGACGUGGCGGCGAGGCCUCCGUCGGCGCCGAGGAACGCCAAGGCUUUCCGGCCCACGGCGGGGAGUUUUGUUAUUUUGUGUCAGAAGGAAGAAGACUUUAUUAGCACCGUGUGGGAGAGCAACCGAGUGUGCCAAAUACAAGGAAGGGAAAAAAGGAGUUCCAAGCCUCCAGUCAGCAUGACUAAACUCCCAAAAGAUAUAUUCUGCAUCUUCCGUGAACUACCAGCUGCACUGAUAAACGCCUGCAGAAAUCACUACCCUGCUGCCAACAGCUUCACCGUAACCAUGACAUAUAUCAGUGCAACUGGUAGUUCACGGUAG